AUGGCGCUCGCCGCGGGUGUUGUCGCAGCGUUGGCGAUUCUCGACGAAGAGGAAGAGGUGUUGGAGGUGCGGAAUGCUUUUGAAGAGUUGAGCGAGUGUGAAUUCCGGCGUCGUUUUCGUUUCUCGAAACGAACGGUACGUUGGUUGUGCGGCGAACUGGACCCCUUCAUCGGGUGCCGACGAGCCAGUGGAAUUUCAACGAAGCGGAAGGUGUUGUGUGCGCUGAGAUUUUUCGCGACCGGCUGCUUCCAGCGAGCUGUCGGCAGUGAGGAGUUCAUCGGCCUGUCGCAGCCGUCCGUCAGCGACACGGUCCACGAGGUGGCACACGCCAUCGCUGUCGUUGGCGGACAAAAACGGUGGGUGGCGUUUCCCGAAACAUCACAAGCGAAGGAGCGAACAAAGGCGUCGUUCGCUCGGCUCGGGCGGAUUCCCGGUGUGCUGGGGUGCGUCGACGGCACGCUCAUCGCCAUCCAGAAGCCCCACGGCCUGAGCCCCGGCGACACGGCGAAUUACAUGUCGCGGAAGGGCUUCUACGCCUUGAACACCAUGAUCACCUGUGAUGCCGACCUCUGGAUUCUGGAUAUCAAUCCAUGUUUCCCGGGGUCGUGCCAUGACUCGUGGGUGUGGCGGAGGAGCUCUCUUCGGCGGCACGUGGGAGCUGAACUGCGGCUUGGCGAAUGCUUGCUUGGAGACUCUGGCUAUCCUUUGGAACCGUGGCUCAUGACGCCAGUGCUCGGACGUCCAGCUAGUGGCACCCCUGAGAGCGCGUACAACAAGGCCCACACCACCAUGCGCAAUGUUGUGGAGAGGUGCAUCGGGGUCCUAAAGAGCAGGUUCCGCUGCUUGCAGCGUUACCGGACUCUGCUCUACAACCCCGACAAAGCAGCCACCAUCAUUGCUGCUUGCGCAGCUCUUCACAACAUUGCGAUGGCGGCACGUGAGCCUGCUCCUGAAGGGGACGAUGACGACACAGACGACGAUGACGAUUCUGAGGUGCCACCAGCAGCUGAUGAGCCAUCGCCGCCACAAGAACAAGGUCCAGCACCACGGCUGUUGCAUCUCAAG